AUGUAUCAACCAAGACCAAUUAAGAAAUUUAAACCAAACUCAUACUCAUCAUCAUCAGCAUUAACAUCAACAGUAUCAUCAACAAUAUCAAAUUUUAACUUCCGGUCAUUUCCACCUCCUGAUUCUCCAACAACUUCAGUAUUGGAUCAAAAUUACAGAACAACACCAGAUAAUUCAUCAAGUAACUACAUUUAUAAUCAAAAUAAUUUCCUGCCUUUAUCUAUAAAUCCAGACAAUCAAGAAUUCAAUUCAGCUUCGAAGCCAAUUCUUAAUGAAAUAGAAAGAUUCAAUUCAAAAUAUGCUGUAAAAACCAAAGGUGAAAUUCCAUUUGAUCCAAUAAGUGACACAACCGCUUUAAAAAUAAGUUUAGGUAAAAGUUUAUUUGAUGUGAUAAAAAUGUAUAAAAUUGGAUUUUUAACUAGCUUUGGCUAUACAAUUCCUAGUGUCAAAAACUCGAAAUCAAUUUUAAAUUUAUCAGUUAAUGAUCCGGAUGAAAUUCAAAAAUGUAUUGGGAUUACAACAACAUACUAUUCAUACAGAUGCAUAGAUAUUGAAACAAUCAAUAAAAGUGCUUCACCCGUGGUUAUUUUGGUCACUGAAGCUGUUGACCCAGUAAUGGAUAUAUUAGAAAAAUUAGAAUUCUAUGGUUUAUUUAUCAAAAACAUAUUCAAUCCAAAUGAUAUACAAAGACCACUGGAUAUACUUAUAAUUAGGCCAUUUCAAUUUUGUGAAUCAAUUUUGCAGGGAAAUUUGAAAGUUCAUGAUACAAAGUUAGUUAUCAUAGAUGAUGUUGAAAUAUUUUUCAAACUUCAAAAUAUAGUUUUCAAGUUAACUUUGGAUAAAUUUAAAAUAUCAACAAUUUUUGUUUGGUUUGCUAGUAAAUUAUCCAGUGAAUUUAAAUCCUAUCUCAUCAACUUCAAUGAUGUUAUAAGCAUUGAAUAUAAUUACAAAAAUUCCCUCGAUAAGACAAAUAAAAGAUUAAAAUUGGUCAAGUUCAAGAAUCCAUUAAUUGUUUUGUCUCAAGCCGAACUCAACAAAUUGCCCAAACAUCAACGAAGAGAAAGAGUAAGAAAAUCAAAUCAACUUGCUUUACAAGCUAAAGUUGAUGAACUAGUCAAAAUUAAGGAAUCAUUUGCUAAAGAUAAUGAAUUAUUUGGUAAAAAUGUUAUUGUUUAUGUAAAAGGUAGAAAAGAUGCUGCUCAAAUAGCUAAUUCCUUAAGACAACAAUCAAUUCAAGCCUUUCAUAUAUUUUCAAAACUUCCUUUCGAAGAAAAAGAAGAAAUUGAACAAGCUGUAAGACAAAAAGAUGCAAUUUUAAUUACUCAUGAUACAAGAUUUUUAAAAGAUAAAGGAUUAAUCAUUGAAUUUGAAGCUACAAGAUUCAACAGCUAUCUUAAUAGAGUCAACAAUUAUGGAAAAAAUGCAAUUGAACAUAUUAUCACUUUCUUUACUUUUGACGAUAUGAAAUAUUUCAAAAGUUACCAAAUAUUUUUUGAAAAAAAUGGUAUUGAAAUUGCCAAAGAAUUUUAUGAUCAUCUUGAUGAACAAAGUAAUUAA